UGUUUAUAUUAUAGCUGAGCUUUGUAACGGGCUGGGACGAAUGUCUGAAGACCUGAAAGCCAAGUUUCGCGCUGCUGCAGCGCAGCGAGGACUGGGCUCGGCGAAGGACCAGCUCAAAGCAAUCCGCGCGCAGAAGGCGGCAGCGGCGGCUGCGACAGCGGGCCCCGGACCCUCCUCACAGCGGCUGCAGGCUACUGGGAAACCUCAGGCGGCGGCAGCCCCCGCUGCGGCACCACCAGCGCCAGCGUCACGGGCAGGGGCGCUCCCAGCGGACUUCUUCCAAGAACCAGCCAGCGGGAGUAAACCAGCAGGCGCGACGGCCGCAGGCGCGGGACCGUCCUCCAAAACGAAUGCCCAGGGCACAGGCGCAUCGGCAGCGGCGGCGGCAGGGGCCGGCCCCAGCGCAGCGCUUCCAGAGGGUUUCUUUACGGACAAGACCGCGGACGCCAAGGCGCGCGGUGUGAAGCUGCCUACUGCGGAGGACAAGGAGGCGGAGUUCCGAGCCUUCACACAGAUCAUUGACGAGGAGCUCAAGAACCAGGCGGUGGAGCAGGCGGAGGAGGCGGAGGUGGAGGCGGAGGAGAAGGCGGACCGCGAGGCGUUCCUGCUCAGACGCCAGGCGGAGCGGUUGGAACUGUUGCGGCAACGAAAGGCGGCGCUGGCGGCCGCGGGCGCCGCGGCAGCCGGCGCCGCGCCGGAGUUGCCGGCAGACGAAGAGCUGCGGGAGGCGCCGCCGCCGGCCUUUGGACUGGACGACGAGGAGGAGGGCGGCGGAGCGGAGGGGGCGAAAGGUGCUGAGGAGGGCGGUGCGAAGCGGCGACGGGCGCUACCGGUGCUGGUUGGGAAGAAGCGGCGAGUGAUGGAUGCGCUUGCGGCCACACUGGCGGCGUCAGACGCGGAGGGCGACAGCAGCGGCGGCGAGGACGACGAGGAGGGGGCGGGUGGGCUCAACUGGCGCGCGAAGCGGGUAUGAGGCCGGUGUUGUUGGGGCUCGGCGUGCGGAUGGAUAGUUGGUGGCGGGAUGAUCGCUGCCGCAUUGCUGGCUAGCUGGGUAGCGUGCGAUGCGUUUGGAACCGACACCAAAGGGGUGGCUGGCGCAGGGAGGCUUAGCGAAAGGUUGCGUAUGGCCAGUGGCUUUGUUGGGCAGGCGUGUACAGACAGGACGCAAUCAAGUCCUCAGCACCACAAUCAGGUGUCUGGUAGCGGUGCAGAAUGCGUUGCGUCCGUCACGUGCACACACAACACAGCAAAUGCAACUUCUCUCCUGAUCUCCUCAAGAAUGCCAUAUCAAUUUAUAAGCCGAUCCGUGUACC